AUCAGUCCUGAGCAAUUCUCCAUUUUUUCUCUCUCCUCAUUGCGAUCACCAUGAUGUUUCCCACCAAAGUCACUCUCAUCCUUAUCAUCAUCACCGUAGGUUUCCCUCCCCUCUCGGUACAGUCUGACCGUCCGACCGACGCCCGUCCUGACGGCGCCUCCCCCGGAGCCAUGCGGUACGUGUUCCCGGCCUGGCUGCCCGGGGUGACCGUCACGCCCGCCGAGGACGUGCAGUUUCUGAUGGAGAGCCUGGCCCGCGCUACGAACUUUAGGAAAAACCUGGUCACAGAUUUCGAAGUUGCAGACUGCUACACCAAAGGGGACGACAUGCCGGAAUACACGACCAACGUGUACUGCCCAGCUGGGUGUGCCGCCCACCGCAAAGCCAGCGUGUGGGGAGCAGGGACCUACAAUGGGGUUGUUCUUUCAGAGAAUUUCUUUUAA